AUACUGUUGAUGACAUGUACAAAAAGGAGUGGUAUUCAACUACAAUAUGACAAUCCACAUUCUCAAUGGAUAAUUAUGGAUAGUAGCAUGAAUUAUUGGCGAAGGUAGGACUCAAGAUGGCGACUUUUAUAAAUUCUUACUUGAAUUUUUGACUAAUGAUGAAACCGGCGUGUUAUAAUCGCAUGUAUGUUUCAGCUGACAACAAAAAUUCAACGACAUACACGAAAAAGUUUUAUUGACAAAAUGGAAGAGAUUUUGAUUGAUGAUUCGUUUAUCGAUUCCGAUCUCAUUAAUCAUAGGGGACAAAAAUAUCCUCGAAUUUUAAUUCAAAAUGACGAGAUUGUGAAACCAGCAUUGGCACCUGAACAUCUUUGUCGUGAUAUAUUUGUUGAACGAACAGAUCAAAAUCUUUUUAUUCGUCUGUUGCGUCAUUAUCGCACCAAAGGAUUCAUUUGUAUGUUGAAAUUCAUUAAACAAUUGUAUCAUGAACAUCACCGCCAAUCAAAUCCAAAAAGUGAUGACAAUCAAUCUGGUUACCCAACUAAUGUUACGAACUAUGGUCUGUUAUUGUCAUACAUAUUUGCCUUAGUCAUUCUACAAAUUCAUUCCAUAUAUCUUGCAAUUCAUCUGUAUUUUUAUCCAUUUGAUAAGUACUCUGAUGAUGAUCUAUUAAAUGAAUUCAAUUUGAAUCCCGAGUGGAAAUCUGGUCUAGUGCGUACAUUUGUCUGGCAUCCUAAUUCGCUUCGAUGUGCAUUAGCCUUGGUAAAUGAUCUUAUUUAUGUAUAUUCGGCCGAUCAUAAACGACCAAUGAAUCAUAUAACAUGUGUAAAAAAUGUUCACCAAAGACGAAUAUCAUCAAUGUGUUGGCAUCCAAAAUUAGAUGAUGUAUUGGUUGUAGCUUGUCGAGAUAAAAUACUCAUUUGGCGUUUUGAAUGCCUUUCGACGAAUGUUGCUCAAUCAUCCCCAGCUUUAGUCAAAGCAGAAUCUUCAUCAACAAGACAGCAGCCUUCAUUACAGAUCGUAAAUACACAUUUACAAAGUCCAAUAACUAGUUUGGCAUUCAAUAUGAAUGGCAACAUGUUGGUUAGUUGUUCUCCCCGUAAUGCUUCACUAUCUUUAUGUCGAUUCGAUGAUAAAUGUCAAUUGAUAAAAAUCGAAUCUAUUCGAAUGAAACAACUUUCAUCAUUGAUUCAUUUGCCACAACUGACUUCGCUACAGUGGUCUCCUGAUGGACAACGGUUGUUGGCUUUGACAACCGUGCGCCAUAAGCCAAUUUGUGUAUUCGAAUCGAUAAAGUGGUCUUACAAAUUUUGGACAUUCCCAUGCGAACACAAUCAACAGCUCUGUCAAACGGCGGUAUGGUCACGACCAAACGGAAUGAUACUGUUGUUCGUGCCCAAGCAAUCAUCAAAAGUCUAUGCAUUAACAUUUUAUGAUCAAGCCGAAGCUGACGACGUGGGUGGCUGCUCCAGUGAUAAAUGUACAUUAGUACUUGACACAAGACAAUUCUUUGAUCAGAAUGAUAUAACUUUUAUGCCAAUCAUUCGCCAAAUGUGCUGGGAUUCCAAAUCCACCAAAUUGGUUGUUUCAUUUCAUGACCCUUUGAAGGCAAUAGCCAUUUUCAACACGAAUUUAAAUCCUGGCCUAAACAUUCGACCAUUUCGCAUUCUUAAACCUGCAUUUACUUCAGGACUAAGUGUCCGAUGCUUAUUGAUGAAUUUUCAUGAUAAUUACAUUGAUCCUGGUUGCUUGAUCACCAUUUGUUGGUCAAAUGGGAUUGUGACACAUGUACCUUUAGAAGCUGAUUCAAACAAAAAUGAUCGCUCACUAAACGAAUCGAUUCGUUCGCUUACUUCAUUGUGCACCAGUUUCGAUGAAUCCAGUUUUGUUCGUCCGGCAGGUGAUUUCUCUUUAAAUCGAUGUUCAAUUUCCUCAUCGCUUCAACCGAAUGGUAAUGGUUUGAUUCAAUCACCACAACCUGAUGGCUGCAAAAACUUAAGACAAUCAGAGAAAACAAAAUCUUUUUGUACUUCCUCAUCAUCAACACCUUUUCGUCGAUCUGUACUUUAUUCAACACGUGUUCAUUACGAUUAGAAAUUUUUACAUUAAUUCAAUCAUAUUUGUUGUUUUUAUUAAUUUUGGUUGAAUCUAAUAAAUUAUCAUGUAUCCAUCUA